AUGUAUGCUAUGCUCUCUUUGUAUGCUGCAUUGUGGCUACUUCUCCUUGGGAGCAUCAUGCAAAUUAAACUAUAUUACUUAUUUGUCCCAGAGGUUCCAAAAGUGGAAAUGGUUGCUCUCACUGGAAAGGCAAUCGAAGGUGAUGUACUUACUGCUGUUGAAGUGAUCCCAGUGACUGAAACCCAACAAUGUGUUUGGAGCAAGUACAAGAAAGGAGUCAGAUACCAAUGGUUCUGUUCAUCAGUGACAGGGGAUGACAACUCUUUUGAGCACUUGCCUGCGCAGCGCUCCUGCUCUUACAAGUUGCGACUAGAGGACGUUGGUAGAUGCUUCAGAUGUGAAUGCGUUGUGACUGAUGUCUUUGGAAGGUCAAGUGAGCCAGUAUAUGCCGAGACUGCUUCUGUAUUGCCAGGGAUACCUAGAAUAGAUAAGUUGGAGAUUGAGGGAAGAGGUUUUCACACCAACUUAUAUGCUGUUCGAGGCAGUUACAGUGGAGGAAAAGAAGGCAAAAGUAGAAUUCAAUGGCUUAGAUCGAUGGUUGGUAGUCCUGAUCUGAUCUCUAUUCCAGGGGAGGUGGGAAGGAUGUACGAAGCUAAUGUUGAUGAUGUAGGGUACAGGUUGGUGGCAAUUUAUACUCCUGUGAGAGACGAUGGUGUUGAGGGACAACCGGUGUCUGCUUCGACAGAGCCAAUUGCAGUCGAGCCUGAUGUUCUUAAAGAAGUUAAGCAGAAGCUUGAACUUGGAUCUGUGAAGUUUGAGGCAUUAUGUGACAAAGACCGUUCUCCAAAAAAGGUUCUUGGAGAGGGUAGUCUUGAGAGAAGAAUAUUAGAAGUUAAUAGAAAACGAGUGAAGGUUGUGAAGCCAGGUUCUAAGACUUCAUUUCCAACAACGGAAAUUCGUGGAAGUUAUGCUCCUCCCUUUCAUGUGGAGCUUUUCCGAAAUGACCAACAUCGGCUUAGGAUUGUUGGGGAUAGUGAGAAUGAAGUAGACCUGAUGGUCCACUCCCGACAUUUGCGGGAUGUUAUCGUACUUGUGAUGCGGGGCUUUGCUCAACGAUUCAAUAGCACAUCCCUCAAUUCUUUGCUCAAAAUAGAGACGUAA